ACGGCUCCUCCUCUGCGCUGACGUCGGGCUGCUGCUGAUUGACUCGCGCAGAUGCGAGUGUUGCGCUGCUGCGCUCGGAAAGGACGCUGGCGCAAGCAUGCCGUUGGCACGCAGUAUCUCGGUCACCUCCCUCUCGGGUCUUGACGAGUGGGAUGAGGAGUUUGAGCUGGAGGAUGCAGUUCUGUUUGAGAUCGCCUGGGAGGUGGCUAACAAAGUGGGAGGCAUCUAUACUGUGAUCCAGACGAAGGCUCGGUUGACCUGUGAAGAGUGGGGGGAGAACUACUUCCUGGUGGGGCCCUACACAGAGUCCAAUGUCAGGACACAGGUGGAGCUGAUAGAGCCCACCAGUGCUGUUCUCAGACGGACCAUCGACAAGAUGAACAGUAGUGGCUGCAAGGUAUAUUUUGGCCGCUGGCUGAUUGAGGGCUCUCCAUACGUGAUCCUGUUGGACGUGGGCUUCACCGCUUGGUCUCUGGACCGCUGGAAGAGUGAACUGUGGGAGAACUGCGCCAUCGGCGUGCCCUGGUUCGAUCGUGAGGCCAACGACGCCGUCCUGUUUGGCUUCCUCACUGCCUGGCUGCUAGGAGAGUAUGCAGCGCAGUGUGAUGAAGCUCCACGUAUCUUGGCUCAUUUCCACGAGUGGCUGGCAGGUCUGGGCUUGGUGUUGUGUCGACAGCGCCACCUACCUGUAGCCACGAUAUUCACCACACACGCCACUCUGCUCGGCCGCUACCUGUGCGCUGGAAACGUCGACUUUUACAACAACCUUGCAGAGUUUAACGUGGAUAAGGAGGCAGGGGACAGGCAGAUCUACCACCGUUACUGCGUGGAGAGAGCAGCUGCACGCUGUGCUCACGUUUUCACCACUGUGUCCAAGAUCACUGCCAUCGAGGCUGAGCACCUGCUCAAAAGGAAACCAGAUAUUGUGACCCCUAAUGGUCUGAAUGUGAAGAAGUUCUCAGCUAUGCAUGAGUUCCAGAACCUGCAUGCAACCUCCAAGGCGCGCAUCCAGGAGUUCAUCAGGGGCCACUUCUAUGGGCAUUUAGAUUUUAAUCUGGAUAAGACCGUUUUCCUUUUCAUCGCUGGACGUUAUGAGUUCUCAAAUAAAGGAGCGGAUAUAUUCCUCGAAGCUCUGGCCAGACUUAACUACCUACUGAGGGUGAACCACAGCGAGGUUACAGUCAUCGCCUUUUUCAUCAUGCCUGCACGAACCAACAACUUCAACGUGGAGACACUAAAAGGACAAGCCGUACGGAAACAGCUCUGGGAUACGGCCCACACGGUGAAGGAGCGCUUUGGAAAGAAGCUCUACGAGUCAUUACUAGUGGGGCAGCUGCCGGAGGUGUCCAAGUUGUUGGAUAAGGAGGACUUCACUAUGAUGAAGAGAGCUAUCUUUGCUACUCAGCGCCAAGGUCUGCCGCCUGUCUGCACCCACAACAUGCUGGAGGACAGUACAGACCCCAUCCUGUCCUGUAUCCGCCGGAUAGGUCUGUUCAACAGUGCUCAGGACAGAGUGAAGGUGAUCUUUCAUCCUGAGUUCCUGUCCUCUACAUCUCCGCUCCUGCCCAUGGACUACGAGGAGUUUGUCAGAGGGUGUCACCUGGGAGUCUUCCCCUCUUACUAUGAGCCCUGGGGAUACACACCUGCUGAGUGCACAGUCAUGGGUAUCCCAUCUGUCUCCACCAACCUCUCUGGCUUUGGUUGCUUCAUGGAGGAGCACAUCGCAGACCCCUCGGCAUACGGGAUCUACAUUCUGGACCGCCGCUAUCGUGGGGUAGAUGAGUCCUGUAAUCAGUUGACCACUUUCCUGUUCCAGUUCUGCCAGCAGAGCCGCAGACAGCGUAUCAUACAGAGGAACCGCACGGAGCGUCUGAGUGACCUGCUGGACUGGAGAUACCUGGGCCGGUACUACGUUGCUGCGCGUCACAUGGCCCUCGCCAAGGCGUUCCCUGACCAGUACAUGUAUGAACCACAUGACCCGACCUCGACCUCAGGAUUCCGUUACCCCCGACCCGCCUCGGUACCCCCAUCCCCAGCACACUCGCUCCACUCCUCCCCUCACCACAGUGAAGGUGAGGAUGAGGAGGAGCGCUACGAUGAAGAACUGGAGGCGGAGAAAGACCGCAUGAACAUCCGCCAGCCCUACAGGAACAAGAGUCCACCAGUAGACCUGCCUGAGAAAAACUAAUACUACACACACACACGCACGCACACACACAUACGCACGCACG